GAUUGCUUAGCCCAUGCAUCCUCCCUCAUCAAUUCUGUUACACACUGCCAUACUUACUGCCUCUUCUUCUUCUCUCCUCGUUAAAAAACUUUUUUUUAACAAAUCAACUGUCACUUUACUUGGUCUCCUUCUAUAGCUGCCUCAUAAAAUCUCAUCUGUUAAGUAACCAUAAGAAGACUGCUUUUCUGUACCGGUCUUCUCUUCCACCCUCAUCUAAAUUCAUGACAGGACUUUAACUGCCAUCAGAAAAUUUGAGCUGUAUCCUGUGUCUAAAAGUAUUAUUCUGAACAACAGAUUUCCCCUUUUGUACUGUCGUCAUAUAAAACUGGAGCGGAUUAAAUUUCUGGUCUGUAUAUUCUUGUGAAGAAGCUUUAUCGGCCUACUAUUGAUAAAAUAUUUGGCAAGUGCACAUUUUUCUGGGAAAAAUUGAGGUGGAGAAAGCAAAAACAGAAACGUCACACAUAAGAACGAAUUCUUAUAUACACAAAUCGUAAUCAUGAGUGAUUUGGUGUGGCCCAUUAAAAACGGAGACUUGGACCAAGUCCGAGAAAUUGUGGAGAAAAAGGGCAUUAAUGUCAAUGAGGAUGUGGAUGGUCGUCCACCGCUUUUGUACGCUGCAGACUACGGACAGCAGGAAGUCAUUGAAUAUCUGAUUUCGAAGGGAGCUAAUGUGAACUCUUGCGAUAAGCAUGGAAUCAGCGCCCUGCUCGCCGCUAUUUGGGAAGGACACACUGAUUGCGUGAAGCUCUUGCUGACAAAAGGUGCAUCAAGAGAUGGGAAAACUCCUGACGGAACAAGCUAUCUUGACGCUGCGGAAAAAGACGAAAUUCGAGCUUUAUUAAGAUAAAAAUCCAUUUUGUCGCCUUAUUUAUUACCGGAAUAAGUAUGAUCCUACCAACCAAGAAGGUCUGUAUCCCAGCUUCGUUUAUACAUAAAUGUAGAUGCAUUCACUGACAAUAACUGUAAUCUGCGUAGAAAAAUGAAGACCUGGGAAACCUUAUCUCUAAAUAAUACUAAUUAAAAUUCCACUAUUCGGACUAAAGAUAAGUAAUAAUGCUGAUUUUAUAUUUUCAUAAGUGACAGAAAUAAUUAGACGCAGUUUCACAUUUUUGGAAUUCAAACGGCCACACACCCGAAUGUCUUAAUGAUUAAAAUUCAGUGGCUUAUAACAAAAUUAAUGUAAUUACAGUCGUUAUAUAUUUUGACUCUAUUUGCAAAUAUGCUUGUCAAUUUUGAGGGGUUAUGGUUUUUGAGACAGGUAUAAACACUGUAUUUAAUUAGUAGACUUUUGCCUACAUGUGUAUUUGCACAUAUGCAUGAAUAAUAUCAUGCAUCAUCUUAUAUAUGGUAAUUUUCUACUAUGUAUGUACAUAAGUAUACUUCUAUGCACACACUCCAAUAUCGUCCAGACCAGCUAAUAGUAAUUGUAAUUAUCAUGUUUGAAACAGUGGUGUUGUGCAUCAUCGACUGUUAUCGAGGAUAAAACUUAAUUUUCAUGGGCGAUUUUGUUGGAAUGAUCUGAUCGUAAAAUGUAUAAUUAGAAUGUACUACAUAGCUUACAAGUACUACAUUUUGCUGAUUUUAGACAGUCUUAUUGUGAUUAGGCUGAACAGUAUUGACGAAUAUAUCGAUAAUUGUUUAAAUCAAGUUACAUGGCAUUUGUUUAGAGAUAAUUGGUAAAUGGAACUGCAAUUGUGAAAACUAGUCCAAAUACCUGUGGAACUUUGAGUAUCAAUGUGUAUUUGAUUGCAUUAGUAUUAAUCAACUAAAUGUGUAAAUGAAAUGAACGAUGGCGAUAAUUAAGUAUAAUUCUAGCCCAGCGUAUUAUAUAAUUUAUUUACAUAAAGGGUGACAUGAUUGAAGGAUAUGUUGUUUUGUAAAUUAAAAAACACGGCUUUCAGAUUACACUGCAUAGUGAAAUAAAUAAUUACAUUCAAAGUUA